AUGUCUCUAAAUCUCACCAUCCGCGAACGUGCGGCUACUUGCGUUGAUCUAUUUUCCCAAGCCAUCUUGCUUCUAGCUCGAACUGGAAGCUCAGAUGAUCAAAAUGGCUUGCUCGACGAAUUCGGCCGGUUCAAGCUCUGGGCGUCCAAUAUAGGCAUAUUUGCGGACCUUCACUCUUCUUUGGAUUAUCGACUCCGAGAUUUCAACGACAUCAAGGACUCCUUUACAAGACAGCUCAUAACCACCGAGAGCAGGCUGCAACAGCUACUUGAUGCUGCUCAACGGGAUCCGGCCAAACCCCCGAUCAAGGGAGAUGAAGAUGAAGAGCCGGGCAUUUCUGAACCCAGCAAACCUACAACGGCCACCAUGUUCCAAGAUUGGAAUAAUACACAACUUUUACAAUCAAUCCAUCAGAGCAUCGAUUGGCUCCAUAGGUUGUCCAAUCUUGUCAGGAAAGCUAGUUUUGCUAACCAGCACAAAAGGGCUGACAAGUUCAUACUCAAGGAUGACGACGACAACGAUAUGAGUGACACUCUAACCGACUAUUACACAAAGCUUAUCAAGAGAGAAUUUAGUGGCAUGCAAGACACCAUGGUCCAACGACUAGCAGCAUCAAUGCUGGUGAGGAGAAGGCGGAUAAUGUACAGGCGAUCUCAACAACAGCGUUGGAAGAUGCCUCAAGUCGAGCCCAAGACCAAAAAUCUUCAUUUGGUCACCCCAUCGACCAAAUUAGGGCCGAUUCCUCUAGAGCCAAGCGUUCCAUUUAAAAAUGAGAAAGCGCCUAUGUCGAAGCCAGAAGCAACGGCGCCGUCACGAUUGACAGCAACUACUAUCGACAAAAACAUCCGUCAACGUGUCUCAGCGCCAUCCGGCAUAUCCAGAGGUAGCACUGCUCCACUGAAUGAGCAAAGCAUGUUGCUCGUACCGCCUCCGCCCAAGGGGAUCGAUCUCGGUGAGGAUUUCGUCUGCGACUAUUGUUGUCUUAUUCUUCCGAGCAAGAUUGCUUUGAACCGAAACGCCUGGGCGGAUCAUGUCAACAAAGAUCUAUGUCCAUAUGUUUGUGUUGUUGAUAAAUGCGAUGAUGCUAUUGAAAUUCAUUCAUCUCGGAAGGAAUGGCUUGCCCACAUGAGCACACGCCACCAGAUGAGAUGGUACUGUAUUGUCAAAUCACAUAUACAGCCUUUAGAAUUCGACAGCGAGAAUGGAUUUAUUGAGCAUAUGAGGAUUGAACACCCAGGAAAAUUCAGAAACGACCAGCUAUCCCUCGUUGCAGAGAACAGCUCACGUCCAAAAGACUCUGUGUUUGAUGAUUGUCCAUUCUGCAUUGGGACUUCCGAUAAUUUUGAGGAGCACGUUGGGCUACAUCUUCGUGACCUUGCAUUGCGGUCAUUGCCCUGGCCAGAUGACGACGAGCGUUACUCUCAAUCGGGGAAGUACCUCCAUAGCGAUAACUCGAUAUCGAAUGAAGAUGCUCGAAGCACAAUUUUGGACUUCAAAUCAGAUUCAACGGAGUCUGAUAUCGCAGACAAUACAGACGACGGUGGUGGUUCUGAACAUGAUGCAGAAGAGCGGUUAGAUCUAUAUGGUCAUUUUCAGGAGAUCGCCGAUCAACACAAACCAAUAGAUCUAAGAGAACAGCUCUCCGAUAAGACGCUGAUAAGUCUGGCCAUCCAAGAAUACCGGGAUUUUCCACAACUGGUAAAUAAACUUGAGGAUCUGCUCGACAACGAAUAUUCGCAGGCCAAAGAUAUCACGGCUAUUGAAGAAGCGGUUGUCUUUGUGCAGCAGCUCACGAAUACAACUUCGUUAGAUUACGAGAAGCAGAAAGAACCUACUAUCAGAGCAUUGGCAGAUCCUGACCGAACAGUUCCUCCUGGUAGCACCCAAUCCCCACGCAGAGUUUUCGAAAUUGCCAUUAUAUGCACACUUUUAAUUGAGUAUGAUGCAAUCUGUCUCAUAUUCGACGAGAUUUGGGACAAAGACUACAGACAAAACAAGGGAGAUGAGAACACUUACACCACUGGCCGCGUUGGGAAGCGUAACGUCGUGCUCGCUGUCUUGCCUCAUACCAGGAAAACCACCGCCGCAGCUGCUAUAGCGAAUUUUCGGAUGAUGUACUUGCAUUUAGAUCUCUUUUUAUUAGUCGGUAUUUGCGGCGGUGUGCCCAAGUUUCAUUCUGGUAAAGAAGAGAUGGAAAUAUUGCUGGGGGAUAUUAUCAUCAGCAGUCGGGUUGUUGAGCACUACCCUAACAGCACCAACAAAUUCAUCGGCACAAACACUCUGCGUACCAAUCAUAGAGGCAGAGCAAACGAAGCCGCACGUACUCUACAUGAAUUUUCAGAAACAAGAGGAAUAUUCCUGCAGCUAGUAGUGCGCCGAUCUCUGUUGAACCUUCAGAGCAAAGAAAUCGCCAGUUGGAAAGGACGGAAUAGAGCCGAGUCUAAAUACCAGUAUCCGGGAAAUGCCAACGAUUACCUGUUCGAGGCAGACUACUUUCAUAAGCACCACGCCGCGGCCAGCAAUUGCCGUCUGUGUAAUGGCAAUCAUGAUGCUUGUUGCAACGAUGCUCGCAAAGCCUCGUGCCAAGAGAUUGGGUGUGAGAAGUCGCAACUUGUCACCCGGCAAAAGAAAAUUCGAGAUUUUCAGUCGCCCAUGGUACGCUUUGGGGCGAUUGCAUCGGGUGGCACUGUCGUGACGAACGGGCUAGAGCGAGACAAAAUAUCUAACCAACAAAGGGUUAUUGCUUUUGACAUGGAGGGAUUUGGUGCCUGGGAAAAGGUACCGUGUAUCUUCAUCAAGAGCGUUUGCGACUAUGCUGAUGGCCACAAGGAAGAGAGCUGGCGGAAUUUUGCGGCAGCGGCGGCGGCAGCGGCGACAAGAGUUUUUCUACUUGAUGGCCACAAACAUGAGAGAUGGGUGUAG